AUGCAGAUAAUGGCGAGAAUAGAAGCUGCCACUAUAAAGGGGCAACCCUUUAUAGACAGGAUGGUUUCAGAUACCGGCCUUACUCGCGACCAAGUGCGGCACAGAAGAAACAAACCCGUUUACAAGGAGUACCUCUGUGCCGCCAAAGAGAUCCAAACAAACAAUCUCCCUUUCCCUCGGCCUGUGCCCUCGGCUGGUGCAGCGCGCGCCAGUGCCCAUGUGGAAACUCCUAACAUCGAGGGUGAAUCAGUCCACACUGAGACAACUGCGGAGCAAUCUCCGCAGGAUAUUACCAACAAAGAGGACAGCGAAGACGACGGAGACGGUAAGACACCUAGAGCACAUAUUGUUGUUACACCAAUUUUGCAGAACGGCGGUACGAAGCGACAACGUAAUGAGUCGAUGUCGCCUCUCAUGCAGCCGACGCCUAGAAGGGCGCGAUGCGAUCACGACCUCACUCCCCCCCAUGCACAGCCCAAGACCCAGGUUACUGUUAACCACCAGCUGCGCAGCUAUCUCGUCACUGAGCGGGAGGCUGCGGCAGCUGACGGCCUGGGUCAUGUUGUGGAGCUGUGCAAUGCGGGUCUCGAGCUAGCCAACGUGCAGCUGGGCCCCUAUAUCGAUGACUGGAUUAAAAAGCACUUUCCAGAACAGCGGGGUGGUAAGAAGGGGAGAAGAAGGGGAACAAACCCCCUCAGAGAAACUACGCCCAAAUAA